AUGUUUGUGGGCAAGGCCAAAACAGUGAAAUUCUCGUUGCUAAGGCAAUUAAUGAGCCUUAGCCCUGCUAUGAUGACAGUAGAAUUUGAUGAGCAAUUAAGGAAGGUGAAGAAACGAUUGUUGUAUUCCGGAACAAAAGGAGAUCCUGACAGGUCAAACGAGUCUAUGAAUUUCUUUGCAAGGCAGUUCUGUGGGUCUGUUAUGGAUACUGUUUGGCUUCGGGAAUCGAACCUCUACGUCGUUCCUCAGGCAUGGAUUAUAGCAGGUGGUUUGAUUGCUGGUUGCUUUUUGAAGGAAGAGUAG